CGUGCAAGUCGCCGGUGGAAGUGACAAAUUUUAUUAAAGAGCCAAACAAUGUUCUGUCUGUGGUUAUGCUGAGCGAUCGCUACUUCACAAGUCUUUGUCUUUUCAAAGUUCAAACAGUGCGCCAAAUCUUGUCCUCGGUGACUGUUCGUCCCAAGUCUGAGUGCAUGCAAUUCUUGAGUACUCGCAAGUUUGACAUACCCACUCAUGUUUAUUUACGAAACGCCGGCAAAACAGACACCAAUCUUGCAGCCCGGUCCAACCGUUGCGAGCAUUUCGAGUGUUUUGAGCUCGGCUCCUUUUUGUUGACAUCUAGCACUAGCUCCCCUUGGAAGUGUCCUGUCUGUGAUUGUCUCAUCAACGGCGAGUCAUGUCUGUAUAUAGACCAACUGUUCACCGAGACAAGUCUCGAAGCACAGCAGAAAACAGCCUUUGGUGCACAAUGAGAUUCUGACGGAACCUCCAAACCGCUCCAUCCACCCGAACUGUACAUCCGACCCACACAAGCCCUCUCGCCUCCGCCCAUUCAUUCUAGCAACACCGCGUCAUUUCCAUUUACUAUUCAGUUUUUAAGUACCAACCCGAACACAUGUGCAUCCUCUAAUCAAGACGAAGCGGUUAACGAGCUUACAAAUCAGCAUCGUCCUCGUCGGGAAGAGGAAGGGCGGCAGCCUCGUUCAUCUCUUGCUGGUAUUGAGCAAGCAAUUGUUGGUCGACUUGGACCUCGGGAGGAGCCAAAGCGGGAGAGGCAACGAACUCGAGGUUGGGGUUGCCGACCAGCUUGCGAGCAAGCCACAAGAAGGGCUUCUCGAAGUUGUAGUUGGACUUGGCGGAAAUGUCGUAGUAUUGAAGGUUCUUCUUGCGAUGGAAGGUGAUAGCCUUGGCCUUAACCUUACGCUCCUUCACAUCAACCUUGUUACCGCAAAGAACGAUGGGAAUGUUCUCACAGACACGAACGAGAUCGCGCCACCAGUGAGGAACGUUCUUGUAGGUAAUACGAGAAGUAACAUCGAACAUGAUGAUACCGCAUUGACCUUGGAUGUAGUAACCAUCUCUCAAACCGCCCAACUUCUCUUGGCCAGCAGUAUCCCACACGUUGAAGCAGAUCUCACCAAAGUUGGUGUGGAAAUGAAGAGGAUGGACUUCGACACCCUACACACUAGUUAGCGACAGAUCCGGUGAGUCUCGAAGCGGAAACAACGAGGCUGACGCAGGUCACACGGAGCAGACGUAUACGGGAACCGUUAUGGGUACUUUUGAGCAAUCCUGGAGCAUCUCCUGCCGUCUCAACGCGUCUUGGUGACACGACCAGCACACAAAACCGCGUAUUUCGGUCUACUUCGUCCAAAAAGAGCAUCAAACGGCGUCAAUCAGCGCAGAAAAACGGGCCAGGCAGCUCCUCCCGACGUCCUCUCCGUGCUCCCCGCGCUACUCUUCCGCACGUACCAAAGUAGCAAUGUAUUUCUUCUCAAAUUCACCAGUCAAGUGACGCUUGACGAAGGUGGUCUUACCGGUACCACCGUCACCAACGAGAACAAGCUUGAAGG